AUGCCGACCAAGCCUGACCCUCGUGUCGCCAGCGACCACUCGUGGCCCAAGAUGACUUCCGGCUCCGAGGACGAGCGCGCCGGCGCGGACGUGCGUCCGGCCCCUGCGGCCUCUCCUCCCCCCGUCGACCCCGCCACCGUCGACCCUCCGCACCAGGCCGAGAGCCUGGUUCUGGCCGACAAACAGGCCGACGAACAGGCGCGCCCGUCGCCGAGCCCGGAGCCGGCGGAGCCGCCGGCGGACUACAUCAUCACGUUGCGCCAGGACACGACUAAAGAGCAAUGGGAGCAGUACAAGCUGCAGCUGGUCGGCCAAGGCGCGGAGAUCAGACACGAGUACUUCUCGCUCAUCCUCAAGGGCUUCGCCGUCGCCCUCCGGCCCUCCAAGCUGCAGGCCUUCCAGCAGGACCCGCUCGUCAAACACGUCGAGGCCGACCAGAAGGUGCACAUCUGA